CCUCCUCCUGCUAACUCAUCAUCUCUCUCAGUAUCGUAUUCAAAUGGAUUACCAAUUAUUCCAUCAGCAUAUGCUUCACAACAACAAGAUCCAAAUCGUAGAAAUUUCCCCCCAUAUCAAAUACCACAAGCAAUUCAAAAUAAUUCAUCGCAUUAUCCUCCUUAUCUUUCAAAUACUCGAUCCGUAUUUCCUCCGUAUUCUUUUCCACGACAACAUCAAGAUAUUCGUCAAACUCAAUCAGUUACUUAUCCAAUGCAAUUGAAUAAUUCUUCCAUUCCAUCUCAGCCAAGGGUUGUGCCUACAUACGCUCCUAUUCAACCAAACAAUACCACCACAGUUACGACAGUUCCAGUAUAUGCCUCAACUCCAAGGGUGGAACGUAGCGGUUUAGAUAAUCUUUCAUUGGCCGCAGAAUUAAUAUUAUCUUCAGCCAUUUCGUCAUUUCCAACAUCUACCUUGAUACCGAAACAACAAGAUAAUCAACAAAAAACUCCUAGUAGGGAAGUAUCAUCCUCAUCGGAUUGUUCAACAAUUUCAAUGGAAACGCCAAUAAAUAUUACAACCACUUCCACAGCUGAUACUCUAAUUGCGGAAAAUCCGAUUAACAUUAAUAAUAAUGAUAAGUCAGCACCAUCGACACCACCACCUAGAUUUAACGCAAGAAUCAUUGAUUCGUCAAAGAAUAUUUCCACCCCUGAUACGAUAACAGCUAUUGCAGAUGACGAUACAUAUAAGAAUACAUCGAUUGAUGCAGAUGGACAUUCUAUGCAAACCUUAUCACCUUCUACUAAAGUAGAUGAAGAAGAUAUUCACAGUGAUCAUCUAUCAAGUGUUGAUGAAUUUAUGGAUGUUAUGGGUGAAGGGACUCUUCAAAUUAUAAAAGAAAGUAAAUCUGAUAUUAAAAUUGAUGUAACGGAAGAUAAUAAUGUAAUUACUUCUAAUCGUGAAGAAUCCGAAGAAGAAUCAAAUGGUCCACCGAAGAAAAAACGACGUCUAUCAAAUGUAAAACGCGCCCCUCCACCU